AUGGCCGAAAUCCAGGUUCCCGUCCAGAAGGACGAGCAUCCGCUUCUGGCCUCACGCCCACCAGUCACCGAUCCCAUCACCUACCUUACUAUCAUUGAAUACAACUUGUCCGAAGAGAAUCUGCCCGUUCUACAUGAAGUGCUUCAAGAUGCCGAACUCACUGCAACUAUUGGUUGGGAUCUGAUCCAUUUACUUCUUCCGCUGCUACCGCUAUCGGAAGACUGUUUGCAAGAUAUCGCCGCAAAGGGCAACCCUAGAGAGUGUGUUUUGAAGGUGACAGAGGCAUUGCGUUUACUGGAAUUCGAAGAACCACACGACCACACAGAUGAAGAAGAGGAUGGUACAGAAACAAGUGAACGCAAGAAAGCGGCAGAGGUCGGAAUAGGCGAAUCAAGCACAAGUCCUGCGUUCCAACCAGCCGUGGUCCCACCACUUCCGGUACUAAAGUUUGAAGUACUCUUGACUAUCCUAGCAACAUUACAUCGACGGGUCAAGACAAAAUAUCCAAGCCGAUUCCUCUCCACAAGCCUACAGGCCGCACUGCUUGCAUACAACAGGGCCAAUACACACAUUGAAGACCUCACCCUAUCCGCUGUCAAGUUUGUCAAGACGCUUUCCGGUACUAAGAGGCCGCAUUUGCCAUCAAGACGGAGUAGCGGAAACCUGUUACGUGUGAACACCAACCAGUCGGAGCCAGAUCCGGAGGCACAGAGCGACGCACCAAGCAGUGAGGAAAAUGACCUUGUCAAUCGCCUCCUCCAGUCUUUCCUGACCCACAUCCUCGAGGAGUAUGUCCUGUCAUUGACCUCGGACGAUGAUGUUCCGGGCCUGGCGUGGGCAAGUAGACUGAUGGAGCGAUACGAGCCCCAACGGAUACCGAACAAGCCCGACUAUCAGAAAUACGCCGAUCGGUUCGCAAACGAGGAGGAUCUCACCUCCAGAGUCGCGAUCCUUGGACAAAUUGUAGCCUUGACACAAGAUCUUGGGUUGAAGUACGACGAGCUGCUACGGACUGUGAUGGACACAGAAGACGAGAAACGAGGCAUCCCAGGGACAGAGGAUGAGCCACCAGCCACAGCCGCUGAUAUACCACUUUCACGAACAGGAGCCCUUAUCCUUAUUGGUGCCCAAAACGUCAAACAGGAACUAUAUGCAUCAGCCAAGCAAUAUCAGUCGACGUCUAUUGACAUCUUCCCCGGGCACGCUACCAUCCUCAGCAACUUCGUUGGAACUCUCGGCCAGCAAACUGUCGGCAUGGAGCCCGAGGCAUUGCUAGACACGGUCCUUACAUUCGGCCUGAUAGCACUUCAGCAUAACAACAUCGGCGAACCGAAAGAUGACGAGUCAUUCGCCCAGUACCUGCAAACGAUAUCACUCAUAUCCGCAAACUCACCCUCGCCGAGCUUACGUGGCCAUGCGCACUACCUCACUACUACUGUAUUGCGCUCACAUCCCCACGACCUCGUUCGCCUAACAUUCAUUCGUGACACGCUGGAACAUUGUCCAUACGAGAAUCUCAAAGCAAGCGCGGUGUCAUGGUUAAAGGGCGAGACCCUUGAAGCCAACGCUCCCCGUCCACAGUCAGCAGAAGAUGAACACGAGGAGACGAACAUUUUCGCUACACCUGUCGCGCUAUCCACUGUCGCGCCAUUCCUAUGGCCAGACCUCACGAAGCAAUAUGCCGCUGACACUAGCCUAGAAGACUCGUGGAUGCAGUUCCGCCAAGAACUCGGUUUCUACGUUGCAGCGCUCAACUUUUACUACCUUUUGCUCCAGGCGAGACAUCUGCACGAAACUCUCGGUGUCAAGGAACUGAAUGAAAGUCACAGCAUCCAGUCGCAGUACUUGGACAUGUUAAAACAAACAGCAUCGCGGUUCCAGAAAGAGCUGGAAUCGGGUGGUGGCGCACUUGUCGUUGAAGGCGAAGAGGCACUAGGGCAGGCCAAGGCCGAUGUUGGAUUACUCGAAAAGGUAGUCGAGUGGGUUGAGGGCGGGUUGAAGAAGCUGUAG